UUUGCAAUAUGUGUGUGUGUACUUGGCUUUCUCUUGAAAGUUUAAAGCUUUGUCUUUCGUUGCAGUGCAAUCACGAUGAUAUAGAUGUAGAAUACUAGGAUGAAGAUUCCCACGGAUAAUAAUUACAACAGUACAUCUGCGUAGGAACAAUAAAAAAAUGUAAUAAUAUUGUGAGACGAUUAUGGGAAGUGGUAGUGGGCUUUUCUCAUUCAUUCAUUCAUUGAUGUAGACUGGAGAAUGCGUAGUGUGCGCGCAAUGAUUUACUGGGCCACAUGCAGUGUUGUACGCGUAUAAUGUCGUAAGGUUCAUUCAUAAAUGUCUACGUUGUGUUGAUAUGUUGGAAGUUUAUCAGUGGCUCACGUGUUACCCCCUGUUUUACUAAAAAAAAAUGCGGUACACCUUUGAUAAUAACGAAGUGAAUUGAAGGAAGUGGCCGACAUUUCAAUUCUCGCGUAGGCUUUCGGUGUAGCGUGCGGUGCGGUUCGAGGUGGCCGUUUCGGUGUACCUUCCGUCACUUACACACCAGCCCAUUCAUUUUUUCAGGAUAUGGAGGCAACAUGGCGGACGAGACCUUUAAAGUUAGAACCGAAGAACGUUUAAAAAUCAAAAUCGGAGAAGCGAAGAAUCUGUUGUGUCGUAAUCAUGGGUCGACUCCGCACAGAGACGUAUACUGCACGCUAUCCCUGGACCAAGAGGAAAUCUUUCGCACGUCCACCAUCGAGAAAACAUUAAGCCCCUUCUUCGGCGAAGAAUUUCAAUUUGAAGUGCCUCGAAAAUUUCGAUAUCUUUCUAUUUAUUUAUAUGAUCGUGAUCGUCCCUUAAAGCAGGACAAAGUCAUCGGUAAAGUUGCAAUUAAAAGGCAAGAUUUAGCAUCGUACAACAACAAGGAUCAUUGGUUUACGAUUAAAGCGGUAGAUGCGGAUUCGGAGGUUCAGGGGAAGGCCAACAUUGAUAUUAGGUUCGAGCCGGUAAAUAACCGGAACAAACUAAGCUGCCAGAAGCGUCUCUUGGUACGGGUGGCCGAGUGUUCGGACUUGACGUUGAAGAAUGGUUCGUGCGAUCCGUUCGCCCUAGUGUGUGUGUUAUACUCGAAUGGGAAACGUAUCUCGAAGCGGACUAAAGUGCGUAAAAAAACCGUGUGUCCGCAGUUUGAUGAGACGUUCGAGUUUGACGGUAGUGUUGGGCAGGAUAAGGAUAAGAAUUCGUCGUACACUGUGUGUCCGGAAAAUGAGGGCGAGAUUUGUGAAUUGCACGUAUCGUUUUGGCACGACGGGCCCAGUAUGGGCGACGAUGUGUUUCUGGGAGAGGUACGAGUUCCGUUACAAGGAUUACAGCAGCAAAAUGCUGCCCUUCGUAAUGCAUGGUACUUUCUUCAGCCACGCUCUACGAAGGACAGGCCAAUGCCUUCUUGCGCUACACCGCCCGGUACCCGUCUCUCUGUGAACAGUACCUUAGGCUCGUUACGUUUAAAUGUACAGUAUACAGCAGAUCAUGUUUUUCCUAGUUUCGUUUACGAGCCCCUCAGAAAGCUCUUACUCCAAAGUAUACAAUGUAGGUCCAUAACUUCAAGUGCGGUGCAAGUGCUCGGAGAUAUCGUAACAAAUAAAACUGAAAUUGCACAACCGUUAGUGAGAAUUUUUGUAUAUCAUGACCAAAUUGUUCCCGUAAUUAGAGCGCUAGCUGAAAAGGAAAUCUCUAGUUUAACUGAUCCAACAACGAUAUUUCGUGGCAAUACAUUAGUUUCUAAAAUGAUGGACGAGUCGAUGCGUCUAAUAGGCUUACAGUACCUGCAUAAAACACUACGACCAACUUUAGAUUUAGUAUUUAACGAGAAGAAGCCAUGCGAAAUUGACAUUACUAGAAUUAAGGAUACAAAUCUCGCGAAAGCAAACUUAGCUAAUCUAAAAGAAUACGUACAGAAAAUUUUUAAGGCAAUAACGCAAAGCGCCGUACACUGUCCUGCUCUCAUGUGCCAGAUAUUUCAUAAUUUGCGCGAAUGCGCGACGUCGUACUUCCCGAACAACCGCGAGGUCCGAUACUCGGUGAUUUCGGGAUUUAUUUUUUUAAGGUUUUUCGCUCCCGCCAUUCUGGGACCACGACUUUUCGAUUUGACAACGGAACAAAUUGAUUGUCAAACGAAUCGCACGCUGACGUUAAUUUCGAAAACGAUUCAAUCCCUGGGAAAUUUGGUUAGCUGUCGUUCGAUGCAGCAAGUCUGCAAGGAGGAAUAUAUGGAAUGCGUUUACAAGGAAUUUUUUACCGAUCAGCAUUUGCAGGCUGUACGGCAAUUUUUGGAAAUAAUAUCCGCCAGCUCCAAUAUUCAGACCGUAACAGUCGACACGCCAGUUAUACUGAAGGAAGGAGCGAUGAUCAAAAGAGCCCAGGGUAGGAAACGGUUUGGUAGAAAAAAUUUUAAGCAGCGUUAUUUUAAGCUUACAACGCAUGAUCUCAGUUAUUCGAAGACUAAAGGUAGGGAAGCUUUAUGUCAGAUUCCACUGUCUAACAUUUUGGCCGUCGAGAAGUUAACAGAACGUUCGUUCAAGAUGAAAAACAUGUUUCAAAUUGUGCAGCCAGAGCGCGCCUUAUACGUACAGGCUGCCAACUGUGUAGAGGAAAAGGAGUGGAUUGAUUUGCUAACAAAGAUCUGUCAUACGAAUAGUAAUCGAUUAGAAAAGUAUCAUCCGUGCGCUUUUAUUAAUGGUCAAUGGUUGUGCUGCAAGUCUCCAAACGAGUUAGCUCCCGGUUGUAGUGCUGUCUCGUGUCCCGAAAGUAAUUUGCACAUGGCGCUGGAUCCUGAGAGGGACUUGCAGCGGAUGCACUCUCUGAUAAUUUCUCACAUGUCCGGUAUAGAAAGACUGCUAACGUCUAGAGAAUGUCCAUCGGUUUACGCAACAGGAAGUCGACUAACCUAUAACGAAGAAGCGGAUGGUGCACACAAAACAUUAAAACAAAUCUUAGAAGUAGCAUAUCAACUCGAGCAAAAACACAGGACAUAUCAACGCAUGUUAACUAGGGAAACCAAGUAUGGCAGCAAAUCGGCACCAAUCGGCGAUGAUAAUUACUUAUUAGCAUCCCGAAUGAAUCUCGAUACUGCAUUAUUAAGACGGCACGGACCGAGUGACGGAUCGUUCUCGAUAUCGUGAUGCAUCGGUUUCGAAAAUGUAAAAUUUACUAUGGAUUUGAUAUUUAUUUUUUCAAGACUGGUAAAAGUUUAAAGUUAAGCAAUUAAUGAACACCAGUGUGUGUAUUCUAAAAAGAAUUUGACCCCUUUGCAAGGUGUAUAUUUUAAUAAACUUAUUGAUGUCAAACUUGUACAUUUGGUAUUCAAGAGUUACAUUUAUAUCUUUUACAAAGUACAAAGUAAUACUAAGAUAUAUUUUUAAAAACCAGUGAUAAAAGAAGUAAUUUAAUUUUAAUAAUUACCUCCUUAAGCAAUAAUUACUUCUAUUAACAAAUUAUUCUUUGUACUAAUACUUUUUGAACCUUUUAACACAGUGUGGGUUGGUGUACAAAAAACAAAGUAUUUUUAGAAAAAUCGAAUUUAUUUGUAAACACCGAAAUUUGAUUAUCUGUACAAGAGGUGUGAUUACCAUUUAAAGAAAGUCGUUAUUUUAGUAUAAAUUUCUACAGUGGACGCGAAAUUGAGGGCAUUUUAAAUAGUAUUUUAUAACAUAUUGUUUAUGUUAGUUAUUUUUAAUAUUUAUUUUUCUGUUUUUUAUUUUUGUACUUUUCUUUCAAUAUAAUUGGAGGUAUACGAACGUACUAUUUCCUAGCUAGUAGAGAAUUAUGUACUACACAGGUGCCAUUACAUUGAUCUUAUUUGUUUUUAAGUCCCGAGUUGCUAAGGCAAAA